AUGGACGAGGGCGGUGAGUUUCCGCAAAACUUUAAAAAAUAUUCCAAGCUGAAGCAGAACUGUAAGAAACAAACUGCACACUCUAAACAUCUUUAUCUCGUAAGCAUAAUUGAAAUACUCUGUGAUGACCUGAUUGAAGUCAUUCGAAAAUUCGAAUGUUAUAGUCAGAAGGUAAAUAAAAAUUUGGUGAAUUGGACGAUGGAGGAUGCCCCACAGAUUCGCCGAGCACUCACAGAAGCUCUUAGUGUGUGGGCCCACAGCUCCAAAUUGACUUUUAGGGAAGUGAGGAGCGAUCAAGCCGAUAUCCAAGUGCUUUUUGCCCGCGGAGACCAUGGUGAUGGCUACAAAUUCGAUGGGCCUGGUAUGGUGCUUGCUCAUGCUUUUUACCCUGGAGUGGGGCGCGGUGGCGAUGCACAUUUUGACGCUGAUGAGAAAUGGCAUUUUACCAGAGGUGAAAGAGGCGAUUCAACAAACUUUCUCGGCGUUGCAGUUCACGAAUUUGGACACUCCUUGGGUCUCGGGCAUUCCUCUGACCAAAACGCUAUUAUGUAUCCAUGGUAUCAUGACAAUGAAGUUGAUAUUAAUCUUCCUGCUGACGAUCGCAAUGCCAUUCAACAGUUAUACGGCUCAAAAGAUAAGACAUGGGGACCCUUUAAACCUCAAACUCGACCAAAAACUCCACCGACAACUACAACUACAACCACUACACGACGACCAUUGGUAUAUUACCCACAGAACCGACCCAACGAACCUUAUGACCCACGGCGAAGAUAUCCUUAUAACAACAAUCCACACCAACGUGAUCGGAAACUUCCAACCACAACGACUUAUAGACCACGCACUGACUCCCCUCCACAUCCCACCAGGACUUGGUAUCCACCUCCUCAACCAACUAAGCCAAAAAAAUUGAAGCCCGAUACAUGUCACACUACUUACGAUGCCAUUUCGAUCAUACGUAGAGAAAUAUUCAUAUUUCGUGGCCAGUUCCUAUGGCGGAUUGGUGAUCACGGCCUAUAUCCAGGAUACCCAACUUACACUCAUCGGCUGUGGGCUGAGUUGCCUAAGAACUUCUCCAAAGUUGAUGCAGUAUAUGAAAACAAAGAUCGAAAAAUUGUUUUCUUUAUUGGUCGUUAUUACUAUGUAUUCGAUUCAGUUACGUUAGUUGGUGGUUAUCCGCAACCACUCACCUCUUUAGGGCUACCGCAAUCGCUUACCCACAUAGAUGCCGCUUUCGUGUGGGGCUACAAUAACCGCACUUAUCUCACCAGUGGAACUUUAUACUGGCGAUUAGAUGAGGAUACUGGGCGUGUGGAAUUAGACUAUCCUCGUGACAUGUCCAUUUGGCGUGGUAUUGGUUACAACAUAGACGCCGCAUUUAAGUAUACCAAUGGUAAGACCUAUUUCUUCAAAGGCUACGGCUACUGGGAGUUUAACGACGACUUAAUGGAAGUGGCGCACCCACGCCCAAAGCUCAGUGCACGCAAGUGGAUGCACUGUCCACGCCUCGUCAACGAAGUCGAUGAGGAGCAAACGUGGACAGCGCCACUCAUAUCUGAACGAAACGAAACAAUGGUUUACUAUUCGCAUAGUAGCGGUGCUAGUUGGAAUCACGCCCAACGAAGGAUGGUGCUCUGGAUUACACUUUUCCUGAUAUCGCAUCGGUUCUGGACAGAUAUAUCAUGGACUACAGUCUGACAAGUCUAUAAACGCAACGUUUACAAUUAUGAAUUUGAGUUUUAAAAGCAACGUAUUUUCAAAGUUAUCCUGAUGUAUUAAAUGCGGUCUUAGUUAAAUACAUUGCGUCUUCAUACACCUAUACCAUAGCCAUUCAAACAAAAUCAUAGAUUUAGUAAUUUAGUAUGUUACAAGUACCAUAUAUAAGCAUAUCCAAAAACUUGUCGUUAGAGGAAAAUAGUUUAUUUAUACUAAUUUUGAAUAAUCCAGAAAUUCUGUAAAUAUGUAAGAAUAAAUAUAAAUAAAUUCCGACUCACAAAUUGACAUUAGUACACUCAUAUACUUUACAGAUCUCAAAAGAACAGUAAAAUAAACCAUCUCUUUAGAUAAACACAUUACACGACUCGAAAUACUAACGUGUAUGCCAUUAUUAUGGAGUAAAUUCCAGCAAGUAAGAAUGAGUCAAGUUCGGACGAAACUAGGCAUUACAUAAUCUUGACCAGAUUUUAAAACCGCUUUCUUAGUUUUGAUAUUACUAAUAUUUUACACCCGUUUUAACCAUUACGCCAUUAAAAAAACAAUUGUGAAAAGAACCAGUUUUUUAUGUAUGUCUCAAUAAUCUUACCAAAACAGUCUUAAUUCUAAUGUAAUGCUAUGCCCCAAAACUGCAAAGUUACACAACUUUAAUUUCGUAAUGAAAUCAGCGUAGCUCACUUUACUAUAAAUAUAUAUGUACAUCUUGUUGUGGUGACAGAAAAUAGUCCUAAAAAAUUUGGAGUGAUGCUGACACGAGUUGAGAGUUCUUGACUCGAUAAAUAUCGUAUUGCAUAGAACCACCUAUCGGGGAGGGAGUAUUUCUCUCACUAAUCUGCAUUAAAUUAAAAAUUUGGCUGACUACUACUAGCAGUAUCCGUUUCAAAGUAAAGGUGUUCCAUACAAAAUCAAUAGAGCAAUGUAUCGUAUUUUAAUCCGUGUGUCUUUGAUUUCAUCAUUUGUCUUUUGUCACUUCUUCUCAAGUAGCUACACGAAGAAUCUUAACGAGGGGCGAGUAGUAGUCUUGAAAAGCUACUUAAGAACUGAGAAAGCUUAUAAAUUUCCACUUAAAUUUUGUAUCGAAGUGUUCAUUGUCCAUGAGGAAAUAAGCCACUGAUCUUCUCAUCAUCUUCAUUUAAGCGCCCUUUAUUGUGGUUUACAAUUCGUCUAAGCUUAAGUCUUUCUUACUUGUAAUUAACUAUUUGUAUUUAGGUGUAUUCUAUUCAAAAUCUAUAAAACUGCCUUUAAUUAAGAAUAAUGCAAUGAAUUAAUGCAUACAUACAUAUAGGCUUUUACAAUUUUUUUACUUGAAUUAUUAAAUAAACAUGAAAUAUGUGAUAUUACCCUAGUUAAGUAAUGCCAGCAAAUUUUAUAUUUUUCUGUUUUCAGCAUAUGUAGAUUAAACUAAGAUCCACAAAUUUAGUUUUAUAUAAUUUAAACAAAUUACAUACCUAUUUCGUAAAUAAAUUAAUUGAAAAUAUAAGUACA